UCCUCCUCGCGCCGCCGCCGCUGCUCAGAACACCCACCCCACCCGCCGCCGGAGAAGAAGAGGAAGAGCAGCCAAGUCCGUCCAAGAUGAAGACGAUCCUGGCGUCGGAGACGAUGGAGAUCCCCGAGGAGGUGACGGUGAAGGUGUCGGCGAAGAUGGUGUCGGUGACGGGGCCCCGCGGGACGCUGACCCGCAACUUCAAGCACCUCAACCUCGACUUCCAGCUGCAGGAGGGCGGCCGGAAGCUCAAGGUGGACGCCUGGUUCGGCACCCGCCGCACCAUGGCCGCCAUCCGCACCGCCAUCUCCCACGUCCAGAACCUCAUCACCGGCGUCACCAAGGGCUUCCGCUACAAGAUGCGCUUCGUCUACGCUCACUUCCCCAUCAACGCCUCCAUCAACUCCGGCAACAAGGGCAUCGAGAUCAGGAACUUCCUCGGAGAGAAGAAGGUCAGGAAAGUUGACAUGCUUGACGGUGUGACGAUCUUGAGGUCCGAGAAGGUCAAGGAUGAGAUUGUCCUUGAUGGCAAUGACAUUGAACUUGUCUCUCGCUCCGCUGCUCUGAUUAACCAGAAAUGCCACGUGAAGAAGAAGGAUAUCCGGAAGUUCUUGGAUGGUAUCUAUGUCAGCGACAAGGGUGCCAUCAAGGAAGAGUAGAAGUGAUGAUCUGCAACCCCUUUGUAGCUGGUAGCCGAAACUGUUCUAGAGGGUAUCCAGAACCAACAUUCUGUGCUGGUUUUUCUUUUUUUGAGUGGAUCACAAGUUCAUUACAAUUUGCACUUGAUUUUUCAGAGAUGCUAUGUAUCUGGGGAAGGUGUUUGUUCCUUUUCGUUUGUGAGAUGUUCCUUAUCCUGGUUGAUAAGACCUAUUAUAUAUGCUAUUUGCUCGACU